AUGAUGAUAUCAAGGAUUCUCAUGCUUUUGCUUUCCUUGAAACUCGUCCUUGGACAAACUGGGCUACCAACGUCUGCAUCAUUUUCAACGGCCAUCGCAUCCAACCAGUUGGACCAGCUUUCUCGAUUCGCACUAAAUAUAACAAAGAAUCUUCUUCGCCACCCCAAAGGAAACUGUACUCUCCAGGAUUUACAAGUCCGUCGGGAUUGGAGAGCCUUCUCCGCCACUGAAAAGAAAGCAUACAUUCGAUCCGUGCUCUGUCUGCAAGCACUUCCAGCUCGUACACCUUCAGACUUGGCUGCGGGGGCAAAGACUCGAUAUGAUGAUUUCGUAGCCACACAUAUCAAUCAAACUCUCUUUAUUCACCGCACGGGAACUUUCCUGGGAUGGCACCGAUGGUUUAUCCACGAAUUUGAAUCUGCUCUGCAUAAUGAAUGUUCUUAUACUGGCGACUUCCCGUAUUGGGACUGGGGUGCUGACGCCGAUGACAUGGAGAAUUCAGAAGUCUUCGAUGGCAGUGAUACUUCGCUAUCAGGGAAUGGAGCCUGGAUCCCAGCAGAGCUGGAUAUAAAAGUACCCGUGGGAAACUAUACACCCGCAUAUCUCCCUACAGGCUCUGGUGGAGGCUGUGUCACAAAUGGACCAUUCGUUGACUAUGUUGUCAACAUGGGACCUUCAUUUUUGUCAGAACCUGGUGGUAAUAUCACAGGAAUGUCAAAUGCUCUUGAUUACAACCCGCGAUGCAUGACGCGCGACUUAACAUCCGCGGUUUUGCGGCGAUUCAACAACUAUACAUCAAUUGUUCAUCUGAUACUAAACAAUCACAACGUUUGGGAUUUCCAAACAGAGCUACAGGGUCUACCUGGUAGUGGAUCUUUAGGAGUUCAUGGUGGGGGACACUACUCUAUGGGUGGUGAUCCUGGCCGUGACGCUGAUGGAAGCCCUGGUGAGCCUGGAUUCUGGCACCAUCACGGGAUGAUAGAUCGUGUGUGGUGGAUUUGGCAAAGCCUUGAUUUGAAGACGCGGCAACACGCGAUCUCGGGGACUGGUACGUUCAUGAAUGAGCCCCCUUCUCCUAAUACGACUCUGGAUACUAUAGUCAACAUUGGACAUGCAAACUCGGGUCCAGUGGCUAUGGAAGAUCUCCUGAGUACUACUGCGGGGCCAUUCUGCUAUGUCUAUGUGUGA